AAAUCAGAAUACAAAUUUAAUAGAACGGGUGAUGGAUCGAUCUUGUCUAGACCUACAGUAAUUGAGUUGGGAUGGGAUGACAGCUGUCAGCGGGCAAGGUACAACGGGCGCUCCCGCUGCGCUGCGCUGUGCUUUGUGAAAAAUGGCAGGGUUUCCAUUCUUCAGCGUGGCACUUACCCCCCCCCGGGAAAGCGGGGCACUUCCGAUAACCCAAGGUCCAGCUCUCUCAUCUUUUCUCGCAUCACUUGAAGAACACUCAGUCUUUCGAGAAAGAGACACAUGCUCAUUCGAAGCGACUAGUGCUUACCAAAGGGGUUCACACCAAAGGAUUCUGUCCAAUGCUAAGAACUUCCUAUUGGGCUGGGCGAAUCUUUCAGCGACUCCAAUCAAGCGCUUCUGCUGGCAGUUGUGUUCACUUUUGAAGUCUCAUCAAAGCAUCACCACCGAGGUCAAAGCUGAAUUUGGGAGAAGGAAACGUUGCUCCAUUCAUAUUCUCUCCUUCCUGUCUCCAAUUAGAUCAGUGAACCAAAAGUUGGUAACUUUCUUGAUUUGUCUCUCCGGGAAACGUAUGCCGAAAGUCUCAUAUUCCCUUUGUCUUUUUCUUUUCCAGCCCAUGUUGCAGAUGUUCCCUGGCUACGGCCCUGCCAUGGGGGGAUCCAGAACCCCGGGUUGGAGGUUCCCCAUUCCUCCUCGUGGUAGUCGUUGGUCCCCGAGUUUACGGCUGCGAUGUCAAGGGGGGGCUGUUCAACGGGACCACGCCAUCCUCCACACCUCCAUCACAGCCUCUCAUUCCAAUGACUCCAAUACUGUUUUCUAGCAUCACUUGGAACUUUAGAAGGGUCUUGGAGGUUGGGUGAAACUCACACCACCAGACUCUGUUCAUUCCUCGCCAUGAAGCAUCCACGCCAUGCCCCUCCGUCGUCGGACCCCCCUCUUUGAACAGUCGAAGGGGGACGGAGGGCUCAAGUAC